CUCUGUCCUGUACCACAACCUGCAUCCGCAGUCGCAGCCGCAGCAGCGUCUCUCACACCGCUCACACCACCGGGACUGCCAGUCCUUAGAGGCAGUGUUUACAGCAAUAACCCGUCACACACGAAGACCCGCGACCUACAGACAACAUGGUGAACUUCACUGUGGAUCAGAUUCGUGCCAUCAUGGACAAGAAGGCCAACAUCAGGAACAUGUCUGUGAUUGCCCAUGUGGAUCAUGGGAAGUCCACGCUGACUGAUUCUCUAGUGUCCAAAGCGGGGAUCAUUGCUUCGUCUCGUGCUGGGGAGACCCGCUUCACAGACACACGCAAAGACGAGCAGGAGCGCUGCAUUACCAUCAAAUCAACGGCCAUUUCCCUGUACUAUGAGCUUGGAGACAACGACUUGCUGUUUAUCAAGCAGUGUAAAGAUGGAAACGGCUUCCUCAUCAACCUGAUUGAUUCUCCGGGUCAUGUCGACUUCUCCUCUGAGGUCACUGCUGCUCUCAGGGUAACUGAUGGAGCCCUUGUGGUGGUAGACUGCGUCUCAGGUGUGUGUGUACAGACUGAGACUGUACUGCGGCAGGCCAUUGCUGAGCGCAUCAAGCCUGUUCUGAUGAUGAACAAGAUGGACCGGGCCCUGCUUGAGCUGCAGCUGAAGCCCGAGGAGCUCUUCCGGACCUUCCAACGUAUUGUGGAGAAUGUUAAUGUCAUUAUCUCCACCUAUGGAGAGGAUGAGGGGGGACCCAUGGGGAACAUCAUGGUUGACCCCAUGAUCGGUACAGUCGGGUUCGGCUCAGGUCUCCAUGGCUGGGCCUUCACCCUGAAGCAGUUUGCUGAGAUGUAUGUGGCCAAGUUCAGUGCUAAAGGAGAAGCUCAGCUGGGACCAGCAGAUAGGUGUAAGAAAGUGGAGGACAUGAUGAAGAAACUGUGGGGAGACAGAUAUUUUGAUCCAAGUGCUGGAAAAUUCAGUAAAACAGCCACCGGCCCUGAUGGUCAGAAAUUUCCUCGCACUUUUUGUCAGCUUGUUUUGGAUCCCAUCUUUAAGGUGUUUGAUGCCAUCAUGAAUUUCAAAAAGGACGAGACAGCCAAACUAAUUGAGAAGCUGGACAUCAAACUGGACUCGGAGGACAAGGAGAAGGAGGGGAAGCCCCUCCUGAAGGCCGUGAUGCGUCGCUGGCUGCCUGCCGGAGAGGCCCUGCUCCAGAUGAUCACCAUCCACCUGCCCUCCCCGGUCACUGCGCAGAGAUACCGCUGUGAGCUGCUCUAUGAAGGGCCUGGAGAUGACGAGGCUGCCAUGGGUAUUAAAAACUGCGACUCCAAGGCUCCUCUGAUGAUGUACAUUUCCAAAAUGGUCCCAACCACUGACAAGGGUCGUUUCUACGCCUUUGGCCGUGUGUUUUCUGGAUGUGUGUCAACAGGCUUGAAGGUACGAAUCAUGGGGCCAAACUUCACCCCUGGCAAGAAAGAGGACCUCUACAUCAAACCCAUCCAGAGGACCAUUCUGAUGAUGGGCCGGUAUGUGGAGCCUAUUGAAGAUGUCCCAUGUGGCAACAUUGUGGGUCUUGUUGGAGUAGACCAGUUCCUGAUUAAGACAGGGACCAUUACCACCUUUGAACAAGCCCACAACAUGAGGGUAAUGAAGUUCAGCGUGAGCCCUGUGGUCAGAGUUGCUGUGGAGGCUAAGAACCCCGCUGACCUACCCAAACUGGUAGAGGGUCUGAAGCGCCUGGCCAAAUCUGACCCCAUGGUGCAGUGUAUUAUCGAGGAGUCCGGGGAGCACAUCGUCGCUGGAGCUGGAGAGCUGCACCUGGAAAUCUGCCUGAAAGACCUGGAAGAGGACCACGCCUGCAUCCCACUGAAAAAAUCAGACCCGGUCGUGUCUUACAGAGAGACGGUGACAGAAGUGUCAGAGCAGAUGUGUCUGUCCAAAUCCCCCAACAAGCACAAUCGUCUGUUCAUGAAGUCCCGUCCGUUCCCAGAUGGCCUGGCUGAAGAUAUCGAGAAGGGGGAGGUCAGUGCUCGGCAGGAACUCAAAGCUCGUGCACGUUACCUCGCCGACAAGUAUGAGUGGGAGGUGACAGAAGCCAGGAAGAUCUGGUGCUUUGGUCCAGAUGGGACUGGGCCCAACCUGCUGAUAGACAUGACGAAGGGAGUUCAGUACCUCAACGAGAUCAAGGACAGUGUGGUGGCUGGUUUCCAGUGGGCAACUAAAGAGGGUGCUCUGUGUGAGGAGAACAUGCGUGCGAUUCGCUUUGACAUCCAUGAUGUGACUCUGCACGCGGACGCCAUUCACCGCGGCGGAGGACAGAUUAUUCCCACAGCUCGCAGGGUCUUGUACGCCUGCCAGCUCACUGCUCAGCCACGUCUCAUGGAGCCUAUUUACCUGGUGGAGAUACAGUGUCCAGAGCAGGCAGUCGGUGGUAUCUAUGGUGUGCUGAACAAGAAACGAGGUCACGUGUUUGAGGAAUCCCAGGUGAUGGGCACUCCCAUGUUUGUGGUGAAAGCCUACCUGCCUGUCAACGAGUCCUUUGGGUUCACAGCUGACCUGCGCAGUAACACUGGAGGCCAGGCCUUUCCCCAGUGUGUGUUUGACCACUGGCAGAUUCUCCAGGGAGACCCCAGCGACCCUGCCACCAGACCCUUUCAAGUUGUCGCUGAAAUUAGGAAACGCAAAGGUCUGAAAGAGGGUAUUCCCGCCCUUGACAACUACUUGGACAAAUUGUAAUCACUAAGCCUGGAUUAUUAAAUACCAAAUCAGUCUUUAAACCCUACCCCGUGGGCACUUUGCACAGGCUUAAAGAUACAUCGCACAAAUUGUUUUGACUUUGAGUCUGGAGUAGAAACAAAACUUCGGUUUUAGGCUAGUGAAAGCCAUGAUGCUUUUUUUUCAUUUCACAGCUACAGUACACCAAGUGCCUAGGGUGAGGGUUUUUGGGAACAAUUUGAUCAAAGCAGUUGUAUUAUCAGUUCCUUGUUUUUUUCUUUUCCUCCAAAUCACCAUCCUCCUUUCACCUCAAACUUGUUGGGAUGGGCCUGUACAGUGCACUGUGAUACUGCUGCAAUAAUGCAUUUUUAAAUGGAUGGUGGCCAGAUCAAACCAGUGUUACAAAAGUCAGGUUCCCUGGAUUGGACCUUUGUUCAGUGGAUGUAAUGAAUAAAAACAUUAAACUCAUGAUGAAAUUGCA